UUAUCAAUUUUCCACGGUUUAAUCUUUUCUAUAGUUAUGUAGUGUGUACAUCAUACAUGGCAUGACAAAAUUUAUGAAUUUUUAUGUUUUGACUAUAAUUUAAUAAUCAUAUUUAAGAUGCCACUUAAAUAUUCAAUUUUACUACCGACGUAUAAUGAAAAAGAAAAUUUACCCGUUAUUGUUUAUCUUAUCCACAAAUACUUGGAAAUUAGUGAGAUAGAAUAUGAAAUAAUUAUAAUAGACGAUGGCAGUCCAGAUGGAACUUUAGAAGUAGCCAAACAACUCGAAACCAUUUAUGGAAAAGAUAAAAUUUUAUUAAGACCCAGAGGGAAAAAACUUGGAUUAGGCACUGCAUAUAUUCAUGGAUUGAAACAUGCAACUGGGGAUUUUAUCAUUAUAAUGGAUGCUGAUUUGUCACAUCAUCCAAAAUUUAUACUGGAUUUUAUAAAAAAACAAUCUGAACAAGAUUAUGAUGUUGUUACUGGAUCACGAUAUAUUGGCAAUGGAGGAGUUUCCGGUUGGGAUUUUAAAAGAAAGUUAGUUAGUCGUGGUGCUAAUUUUGUCAGCCAAAUAUUGUUGAGGCCCAAAGUAUCUGAUCUCACUGGUAGUUUUAGAUUAUAUAAAAAGCCAGUUUUGGAAAAAUUGAUAGAAUCAUGUAUAUCAAAAGGAUAUGUUUUCCAAAUGGAGAUGAUGGUACGUGCAAGGCAACUAAAUUAUACUAUUGGUGAAGUUCCAAUAACUUUUGUAGACAGAGUUUAUGGGGAGUCUAAAUUAGGAGGAUCAGAAAUUGUGCAAUUUGUUAAGUCUCUGUUAUAUUUAUUUGCUACUACAUAAAAUAUUUCAGUAUACUAUUUAAUAUUAUAUUCAAUUUAUGUAAUUAUUUGCUAAUAUUAUAAACGGGGUUAUAUUGGUUAACAACUACUGGUGUUGACGUUUUAGGUCCAGCAGUUCUUAGGUUAACUGUGGUCCGUCCUCCCUUCAUUUGAGUCUGCGGACACUCAUAUUACUAAAUUUUAAUAAAAAAUGAUGUGUAUGAUUUUAUGUACCUAUUUUCGUGGUUAUAAUAUUAAAUAAGUUAUAAAAUAUUGA